AUGGGGAUCCAACAUAUGCUUCCGUCCACCCAGACCGCAAUCAUUGCUGGUCCCCAAGGCGAGUUCCAGCUCUCUCAUGACGUGCCUGUUACCCCCUUGGCCGACGAUGAGAUCAUCAUGAAGACCGCGGCUGUCGCUCUCAACCCCGUCGACACCAAGCUAGUGGGCGAUUUCAUCACGCCGGGCGCCAUCUUCGGCUUCGACUGCGCAGGUGUGAUCGUAGCCGUUGGGCCUAAGGUUGGCAAUGGCCUGGCGAUUGGGGACCGCGUCUGCGGGAGCGCUCGCGGCAUGAACCGAGAGAAACCGCUAGGGGGAGCCUUUGCAGAGUACGUGAUGCUGCCGGCCGAUCUCACGCUACGCAUCCCACCUGCCAUGACGUUCGCAGAGGCUGCGUCGCUCGGGACCGCGCUGGUAUCGGCGUGCAUGUCGCUGUUCUGGACGAUGCAAAUCCCCGCGUCCCUCCAGGAACCGGCAGAGAAACCGUUUCCUGUCCUCGUCUAUGGAGGCAGUACUGCGACCGGGACCAUGCUGCUCCAGGUGCUGAAGAUUUGCGGUGUCCGAACACUUACCACCUGCUCUCCCAAGAACUUUGAUCUGGUGCGUUCGUAUGGCGCAGAUGAAGUGUUCGAUUACAACUCGCCCACCUGCGCCCAGGACAUCCGCGAGGCGACGCGCAACAACCUAAAGUACGCAGUAGACUGCAUCACCGAGGACUCGACCAUCAAGAUCUGCUACAGUGCGAUUGGCCGUGCGGGAGGGCAAUACAUCGCGCUCAAUCCCUACCCCGAGCAUUUGGCCACUCGCAAGGUCAUCAAGCCGGGUUGGAUCCUGGCCACGCUCAUCACCGGCGAGGGUUCUGCCUGGCCGGAGCCCUACCAUCGCGAGCCGGACCCUGAGAUCCGGGCCCUGGCUAAGCCCGCCUACUCUGCGGUGCAGAAGUUGCUAGACGAGGGUCGCCUUCGGUCGCACCCCAUCCGGGUGAAGGACGGGGGCUUGGCGGCGGUGCUGGACGGAGUGGAGAUGUUGCGCAAGGGAGAGAUCAGCGGUCAGAAAUUAGUGUAUUGCUUUAAUUAG